UUUGUUGUCAGAUGAUUUUGGUCUGCUGAUUUCAAUUUAGCAAGCUAGUAGUUUGACUUUCCAGUGUUGGUGCUUUGUUUUUCGUAUUAGAUGCGUGUCUUUUCAAAGCCGGGACAGCAACUUUCUGUAGUAAUCACGUAGUUCGUUAUGUGCACAAAAUGAUUAAAGAUUCACCGAAGAAAUGAGCCAGUUAGCAUGGUCCAUUUGAGUUUAUUAUUAUGCGAUUGUUAUAAGGUUGUAAUCAAAAGGUGUUUAUGACUAUGGAGAAGAUUGUGAAAGACGCUGGUGACAUCCAGUCCAGACUGAUAGAUCACAGACCUGUCAUUCAGGGGGAAAUACGAUAUUUCAUGAGGGAAUUUGAGGAAAAGCGUGGAUUUCGGGAAUGCCGUCUGUUGGAAAACCUGAGCAGAGGGGCGGUGGAGCAGAAUGAGCACGUGUUGCCCAACUGCUCCCAAACCAUGCAGCAGAACCUGCACCAGAUACUCACCAGAUUGGAGGCAGCCAAUCACAUGGCCAACAGGAUCCAGCAGAGGGAGCUAGAGGCCCAGCAGAGCACCCAUAUGCAGGUGUGUAUGGAGCGCCGCAAGGCGGACUGGGAGGAGUUCCUGAAGCAGCAGGCGGUGCUGAAGGAGGAGGUGGAUGAGGAGCACGCCAAGGCUGUCAGCCGCCUCAGCUCCCUCUACACCGACAUGAAGAAGGACCUCGGCAAGUUCAACACCUUCUGAAGACCAAUAUGCAGACUUGAAGACCUUCUGAAGACAUCAAGUAUCUCCUGUCUCCUGCUCUCUCUCUCUCUCUCUCUCUCUCUCUCUCUCUCUCUCUCUCUCUCUCUCUCUCUCUCUCUCUCUCUACAACCAAUAAAUCAAGGACUUGGCCAUGCCAUUUCUGGGGCCCUAUGCACAGUGGAGACUGUCCAAAACACUGAUGCCUGUCUUAAACUCCCCUGAUGUCCCUCUCUUCAUGCUCGGUGUUAUCUAUCUAUCUAUCUAUCUAUCUAUCUAUCUAUCUAUCUAUCUAUCUAUCUAUCUAUCUAUCUAUCUAUCUAUCUAUCUUCUCCUCUGUUGUGAGUGUGGUUCGAUUUUUCUUCAUAUAUCUCUAUUCUCCAUCUAACCAUCUGUCUCUUUCUUUUCUAUGUCUUGCUCAAUUUAGCCAUCUUUCAUUUAACACCAUUCUCUUUCUCUCCGUCUAUCUCUAUCUGUCUAAAACUAUGGCCUGAUAUUGUUCUAUAUUCUCAUUUUUACACAGUGUUGAAAAGCCUCUGAAAUAUGCAGGGUUUAAGUUGUCCAAGAGCCUGUUUUACUGCCGUAUUGCACUUUUUAACACAGCCAAACCUAUUCCAUGAUGUAUUGUAUCGAAGCUGGCACUUUCACGACCAAUUAAAUUAUGAAUUCCUCAUUAAACGCUGUGUGCAAAAAAUGUCAAGACAAGCAAAAA